UUUUCGGCUGCCAAGUACUUCCGGCAAUAUGGCUGUCGUGUGAAACGUCACCUCGUAGAAAAAACAAUUCGAUAUCAUUGAUCUUGUUUAUUUAAUGUAAACUGAUUAUGCAGCCGUUUGGUAAAGUUCCACUCUCUCCUACACCUUCACCCAAACCUCAACAAUCGCCAUUCGAUGGUUUUAGACGGUCAACUUCUUUAGAAAGUAAUUCGUCAACAAUCAGCCAAGAAAAUGGUUUGGCCAGACUGACUGCGGCUGCCAAACGGAAGAAAUAUUUUCGGAGAUUGUUUAAGUUCCGUCAGAUGGACUUCGAAUAUGCUUUCUGGCAGAUGAUUUACCUGUUUGUGUCUCCUCAAAAAGUUUACAGGAACUUCCAGUAUCGUAAACACACCAAAGAUCAGUGGGCCCGCGACGAUCCUGCUUUUCUUGUUUUGCUGAGUUUCUGGUUACUGGUGUCUUCUAUUGGAUUUGCUUUUGUUUUGAAACUACAUUUCGUUGGAUUUCUAAAAUUUAUUGUGUGGGUAAUUUUUAUUGACUGCAUCGGUGUCGGUAUAUUGAUCGCGUCUUUGUUAUGGUUCAUUACAAACCGAUACCUUAUCAUUGCACCACCCCGCGGUCAAGAUGUCGAAUGGGGAUACGCGUUCGACGUACACCUGAACGCCUUUUUCCCUUUACUGAUGAUAUUACAUCUCUUCCAGCUAGCCUUCUUAAAUUCUGUGAUAAACUAUGACUUGUUCCUGUCCAGACUGUUUGGUAAUACACUUUGGCUUGUUGCUAUCGGAUACUACGUCUACAUAACUUUCCUCGGUUAUAGUGCGUUGCCAUUUCUCAAGAAUACCCGCUCCCUGCUGUAUCCAAUGACGUUGCUAGUGUUUAUAUACUUCCUGUCUCUCAUUGUUGGUUGGAACUUCAGUCAUGGUCUCUGCUAUUUCUACAAAUAUAGGGUGCUCUGAAGAAAUACUAGCAUUCAUCCAUUCUUUCACGUCUCUCUCUCUCUCUCUCUCUCUCUCUCUCUCCAGCACUUGUUUCCUUUAAAACUGCCAAACAAUUCUGAAAACUCUGGCGUUUUCUCUUCUAUCGGAAGUGAGAAAGCGAAUUUAACGAAAACAACUCAUGUUAAAGUAAGAAUUCUUAUCAAAACAUCACUGAGUAUGUAAAAAAUAAUAGACACAAACAAACAAACAAACAAACAAAAACUCCCAUCUCCAUAAUUUACUAAACUUUCCUUGAUUUGAUUUUUAUCCUUUCCUGUUUUAUCUACAUUUCUUUCCUAUUUCUUCCUUUUCAUUUUCCUCCGUUCUUUUUUAUUUCCUUCCAAACUUCAUCUCUGUUGGAUUACCAAACUUAGUGUAACAUCCCUUCCCCCCCCCCCCGAUCUACUUUUCUACUUUCACCCCUUUCUCUUCUAUCUCACCUGCUUCUAAGAUAAUUCUUCAAUUUAAUUUAAACCGCAAGAAUGAAGUGACUAAACCCAUUCCAGUUUUCAUAGUUUCAUCACUGAAACUAACAUAUAUAUAUGAAGGGGGUGCUGUAAAGUUCCUCGCUUUAAAGGCAUCACAAAAGGCCUGGUUGGAGGCACAACCUUUCUAGUUCUUUUUACAAGGCUUAGAAAAACUGAAGGACCACUGUAAUAAGUCUGUGAAUCUAAGAGGGGAAUAUGUUAAAUAAAAUCAUAAUUAACUGAUCCUCCUGUACUUUCUUGUACUCAAAGCCAGUAACUUUUCAGCAUCUCUCAUCAUAUAUAUAUAUGAUCUGGGGGUCCAAGUGUAGAGAGUUUGUAAGCUUCAAGCAGUAAGUGGCUGAUAUCAAGAACAGAAUGUGGACAGUAUAUGAUUAGAUACAAUAACAAUUUAUUGGCAUUGAGAGUUGUACACUUUUUUUCUCUAUUGAAAACUGGCUGACUUAGAAAUUCUGUGUAAGAAUGUAAUCUUCAUUUAGGUAAACACAGCCUGAUGAUUACCUAUAUUGUGUAGAAUUUACUGCAUAACAAUUGUAUUGUGAGCUUCAGCUAGUUAAGAAACAUAUGUAACAUGCAUUUUACAUGCUCUACUCCUAUUUGGAUAUGUGUGUGUGUGUGUGUAUUUGUUCAUACAUAGUCAUACAAUAUAGUAUAUAUUGUAUGGUAAGUAUGAGAAGCUGCAUCUGGCCAGCUUCAGUGUAAAACGGAGAAUAUUUGGGUUGGAUAUGACUGGUUUAAAUGCUAAAGGGUUAAAAAAUGAAUUAAAAAAAAAAAACUGAAGCAAUUUUAUAUUUUUGUUAUUGUAGAACUAGGGUUCUCAACCAUUUUUUUUUUUUUUAAAUUUAUGGACCCCUUUGAUAACUAUUUUAUUCAGGUGGACCCCAAUAGCCAUUCGAUAUUUAAACCGGCCACAUCUGGACCAAAUAUUCUGUUUUAUGUUCAAAACUGAUCAGACCCAGCCUCUCAUACCUACCCUACAAUGUUAGUCUAAAAAUAAACAAUUGCAUCAUCAAAAUCUCAAGGCUACAAGAUAUUGCAGAAUAAUUUCAAAAGAAUGUGAAUAAAUAAGUGUUAUGUUUGAUAGAAUAAGCUAAAUGCUAAAGGGUUAAUAACUAGUUUUAUAGACAUUUCUAUCAGAAUUCCUAUUUUGUUUUUCACACAUUAACUUGUAUAGGUUGAACUAUGUAAACUGUUAGAGAAAGAAACCUAGUUGUUUCUUGCAAUACACAACAAUACAUAAAUUUAAAGCAAAAUGUUUCCAGCAGCCCUUAAAAUACUAUUGUGGACUCCCAAUUUACUAUUUUGCUAUGUGGACCCCCCAAAAUCUUAUAUGGUCCCUAGUUGAGAACCACUGUUACAGAAGAAAGAAAUAGAAACAUUUUUAUGAUAUGGGGAUAGUCCAUUCUGUAAGUGGCUAUGUUAGGAAGAGUGUCCAGCCAUAAAACCCUGCCAGAACAGACAGUGACGCCUGGUGCAGUCUUCUGCCUAGCCGACCCCUGUCAAACCGUCCAAUCCAUGGUAGUAUGGAAAAACAGACGUUAAAUGAUGAGGUGGGAUAUUUGAUUAAUGGCAAAUGACACCUUCAACAUUCCACAGAAGUCACUUCCAGAGAUGAGUUUCUGAAAAGGUCCUUAAUAUUGCAAGCUUGCUUUUAUAUAUAUUUCUUAAUGGGCAAAAAAUUGACAAGAAUCAAUGGUGCACUGGAAAAAAUGAUACAUGCUAUUUGUUUCGGCUCUUGUCUUCUACAAUGACUUUGCCUUUCAUCCUUUCAGGGUCGAUAACAUAAAGUACCCGUCAAUGAUAACAACUAACCCUAUUCCCCUCAACAUUGCUGGCCUUGUGCUUAAAUUACAAGCAAUUAUUAUUAUUUUUUUUGUUUUUGCUUUUAUUUUUGUACUUAUCAGAAUAUUUCAAGAAUUUAUUAUCAAUUUCUAACAUUUUUUGUACAAAUGAAUAUAAUGAAGACAUUAUUAUUGCUUAGAGUAGAUCACCCAUGUCUUUCUUCUGCAUUCAAAACCAUUCAAGGGUUAACUUUGCCCUUUAACCUAUCCUGGCACAGUAAUAAACAGGGUGGGAGUGGAGAAAGGACAAACCAUACAACUAUGCCCCAUUCAUCUUAUAAACUUGGUUUUGUAAGAUAAGUGGUGCAGUGUUUCAUUAUCUCCAAUGUCUGCUGAUGUUAACUUUGUCUUUCAUCCUUUUGGUGGUUUGAUAAAAUAAAUACCAGCCAAGUACUGGCAUCGAUGUAACUCCCACCCACAAAAUUUCAGGUCUUGUGCCUGUAACCUUUUAGCAUUUAAACCAGUCAAUAUCCAGCCAAAAUAUUCCACCCAUUUUAUGUUCAAACUGGCCAGAUCCGGCCUCUCACACCUACCUUACAAUGUCAUUCUAAAAAUGAACAAUCACAUCAUUGAAAUAAUCAAAGCUACAAGAUAAUGCAUUAUUUAUUCAAAAUAAUGGGAAUAAAUAAGUAUUACAUUUAACAAAGAAAUCCAAAUGUCAAAGGGUUAACUGUCCACUGUCCAGUCUGCAGGUUCCACUAAUGAUGGUGAUCAUGGUAGAGACAGAAAACGGUAGAUUUGGUUGUUUCCCUUCAAAAGUCUUCAGUUGUAGUAGUUUAGUAAAAAGUCGUUAUUUCUUUCAGACUGUAGCCAACACCAUUUGGUUGCUAUUUUCAGCAGGUCGACUAUAGAUAAGCUCAUGGAAAUUUAAAAUCAUGAUUUAAAGUUGUUGUUGUGCUUCUUUAGUCGCAACUCAACCCAGAACAAAUUCAUUUAUGAUGAAAAGCAUUGUAACUCUGACCAUUGUAUUUUUCUUCUCCCCCCCCCCCCACACUCCUCAGACAUAGUCUAUCUUGGCUUCCACUACCAAGUAUGUUAUAUUUCUUUUUUAAGAUAACAGAAUAUAUUUUAAUGGAGACCUGGCUGCUAUCAUCAUCAUCAUCAUCAUUGUUUAACGUCCGGUUUCCAUGCUAGCAUGGGUUGGACGAUUUGACUGAGGACUGGUGAAACCGGAUGGCAACACCAGGCUCCAAUCUAAAUUUGGCAGAGUUUCUACAGCUGGAUACCCUUCCUAACGCCAACCACUCAGAGAGUGUAGUAGGUGCUUUUAUUUAACUCUUAAUAGCAACCUACUUGAGACUAUCCCUAGUUCUAUGACACAAACUCCCUCGUUUAAAGUGAUCUAAAUUAAAACCUUUCAUCAAAGUUUACUAAAGUCAUUAUUUUCAAAAUUAAUUAAGACAAAAUUAUUGUAUUUCUAGACAGAUAUGGUAGCAAAAAAAAAAAAAUUCAGACACCAGGUUAACAAUGAUAAAGUUAUUUCACGAAAUUUUUUGUUAUUUUCAAAAUUAAUUAAGACCAGCAUUAAUUAAUGUGUUCUGCAACUCACCUGAGACUGGCCCUCAUUCUUUGGUAGUUUUUACUUGUUUCUAUCAUUAGACUGGCUGUGCUGGGGCACACCACCUUGAAGAAUUUUUUAUUGACUGUAUCAACCCCAGUACUUAUUUUUAUAAAUCAUGACAUUUAACCUACCAGUCUCUUUUGCCAAACUGCUAAGUUAUAAGGAUAUAAACACACCAGCACUAGUUGUCAAGCAGUGAUGGUGGAAGACAAACACAGACACAAAUAUAUAUAUACACACAUAUAUAUAUAUGAAGGCAGCGAGCUGGCAGAAGCGUUAGCACGCCGGGCAAAAUGCUUAGCGGUAUUUCAUCUGCCACUACGUUCUGAGUUCAAAUUCCACCGAGGUCGACUUUGCCUUUCAUCUUUUUGGGGUCGAUUAAAUUAAGUACCAGUUACGCACUGGGGUCGAUAUAAUUGACUUAAUCCGUUUGUCUGUCCUUGUUUGUCCCUUCUGUGUGUAGCCCCUUGUGGGUAGUAAAGAAAUAACACACAUAUAUAUGAAGGGCUUUGGUCGGCCCGAGUCUAUAGUAGAAGACAUCUUGCCAAGGUGCCACUGUGGGACUGAACCAUGUAGUUGGAAAGCAAGCUUCUUACCACACAGCCACGCCUACAAACUUCCUGUUUAAAAGUGAUCUAAAUUUAAAACUUCCCAUCAAAAUUUCACAUUAAUCUAUGUUUCAAACAUGAGGUCAACAUUGUUCUUCAUCAUUUGAAAAUUGAGACAAAAGCAGUACAUUUCAUUGCAACAGAAUUUUGGUAACUAAAGGACUAAAAGGCUGAUUCAAAGACAUAAAAUGUCCUUCAUUGUCAUGUGUGAUUUCAGGUUUUGAACUAUUCUCAACUUGGUUGUACUGUUAUUAACUUCAGAGAAAGGACCAAUAUCACAAUGUACCAUUCCUCUCUAAAUAUGUUUUGAUUUAAUCCUCAUAUAACAAACAACUCUGUGGAGGCGCAAUGGUCCAGUGGUUAGGGCAGCAGACUCGCGGUCAUAGGAUCGCGGUUUCGAUUCCCAGACCGGGCGUUGUGAGUGUUUAUUGAGCGAAAACACCUAAAGCUCCACGAGGCUCCGGCAGGGGAUGGUGGCAAACCCUGCUGUACUCUUUCAGCACAACUUUCUCUCACUCUUACUUCCUGUUUCUGUUGUGCCUGUAAUUCAAAGGGUCAGCCAUGUCACACUGUGUCACGCUGAAUAUCCCCGAGAACUACGUUAAGGGUACACGUGUCUGUGGAGUGCUCAGCCACUUGCACGUUAAUUUCACAAGCAGGCUGUUCCGUUGAUCGGAUCAACUGGAACCCUCGACGUCGUAAGCGAUGGAGUGCCAACAACAACAACAACAAACAACUGUCCUCUUUCAAUCAACUUUCAAUAACAUUUGUACAUAUUGGGUGAAAUACAUCUUGAUGACAUGUAACAGAAAUCUACACCAUUUCAAGUAUUUCUUUGAGUGAAAUCUUCAUUAACAGUGUGCUAUUAUCAUCUUCAUAUUUCUUUAUACUGUCACCACAAAAACUGCUAAUCAACAGUUGCAGUCAGGGUUUGAACUGGCUGGUUAUAUCUGGCUACUGGGUGUUAGCCAGCAGCAUGGAACAGUAAGAUGUGCAUUAAAUUAUUGUUACCACUAAAAAGGUGUUCAAUAAUUUAUAAUUUCUUUUCUGAGUUUAUCAUUUGAACUUCAUUAUAAGGGGUUACUAAUUACAUAUUGUUUUAUAGUUGUAUAUAUACAAAGAAAAUGUAUGAAAAAAUUGUUAUGUAUAGUUUAUUGAAAUAUAUAAUAAAAUCAUAUAAAAUGGAA